UCAUCAGCACCAUGGUCAGCGCCAGCACGCUCCUCCUGCUCACCUGCUGCUGCGCAUGCGUGUGGCUCGCUCGCGCUGACGACUCCUCGCUGGAGACGCGCUCGCUGGAGUUCAACCUGAAGACCCAGCAGGAGAAAGAUCUGAUCGAUGCUUUGCAGGGAGUUUUGGAAAAGCUGAGGAGCAAAGAAAUGCCUUUAGAGAAGAAGCUUGGCUGGUUACCCUCGUGUGACGCAGGAGAGCCGUGCGCGGUGCGCAAAGGUGCGCGGAUCGGGACGCUGUGCAGCUGUCCAAGAGGGACCUCCUGCAACUUCUACGUCCUCAAGUGUUUGUAGACGACAGCUGCAAGCAAUUAUGGAAAAGUUUGUAGGUUUGUCAUGAAAA